AUUCUUUAUGUUUCCACGGAUAUCAAUGAUAUUACUUACACGGUAUAUUUCCAGAUAGUAUUCUCUCUGUUUUUAUAAUUAAAUGCAUUGCAAGAUAUUUAUAGAAUCGUUGAAAAGAAGCGCCCUAGUGCGUCUCCGAUCAUGUUGGGUUUUGUCGUGUACUAUUGGGUAUUUACGCUUAAUUGUGUAUUGACACGAUUGAUCUAGAAACAGGACUUGUGUGUUCAGUACUAUUUUUCCUGGAACUAAUGGAACAGUUCUGAGAAUGUAAAACGUGGGAGAGAAUUUUUCAGCUCAAAUCAUUAUAACGAAAUGGAGAACCAGUUUGACAGCAUAGCGUGUGAAGUGAAAUUGAUAAGAGAAUUAGCUGACCAACCUAAUGUGGACGAUGAAGAAGUGUGUCUCAAACCGGUCAGGAACGGACCCCAAGUCCAAUUACAAACCGGAGAAUCUACAACCGAGAAUCCAAGUGCUUCCGAAGGCACCAGCAAUUUGGUCGGACAACGCAUGGAUCAUUCGGAGGCUGCCGACUCUUCAGUCAGCUUUGACGAAUCAAAACAGAUAGAAAAUCAGUUAUUAUAUCUAUUUCCUUGCAUAGAUGUUUUUGCCAUCCCUUUUUUUGUGGUAUUUUUUUGCAAUGAUGUCUUUGUGAACAUUUUGUUGGCCAAAAGCUAUUACGACGAUGGAAUGACGUUUGAGUGCAUUUUGACGGCAUCCGUUGUUGCUACUGCAUUUUUAGUAACUGGAAUCUUAAAUUUGUUCUGGCAUACUCAGGAAAAACACCGUCGAAAUAUCUGCUUAUUUGGUUCUGAUGUUCCCAUUUUUGCUACCAUAGAGAGGUUGAUCUGAUUAUAUCAAAAGCUUGUGAAAUUAGAUAUAUAGAAGUUAAACAUUUAUUUUAUUAUAGAAAUA